AUGCCGGGAGCAGAUCAAAUAACUUUAAAAUUUACCCGUCUUAGCGAGCACGCCUUUCCACCAGUCAAGGGUUCAGAAAAAGCAGCAGGAUUUGAUUUGAGGAGUGCUUAUGAAUACACAGUGCCUGCUCAUGGCAAAGGACUGAUAAAAACUGAUCUGCAGAUAGAAUUGCCAUCAGGGUGCUAUGGUCGUGUCGCUCCUCGUUCAGGACUUGCUGUUAAAAAUUUCAUUGAUGUUGGUGCUGGGGUAAUUGAUGAAGAUUAUCGUGGCAAUGUGGGUGUAGUUCUUUUUAACCAUUCUGAUCAAGAUUUCAUUGUGAGAAAAGGAGAUAGAAUUGCACAGUUAAUAUGUGAAAAAAUAUACUAUCCAGUUUUGGAAGAAGCUACUAGCUUGUCAGAAACCAAACGAUCUGAUGGGGGAUUUGGUUCUACUGGAACACAGUGA